CAGUCGCCACCCAUCACACCCAUGUCCCAUCCGACUCUGAUCUCGAUCUGAUACUCGAUUCGCGCCGGCGGCGUGUUUUUCUUUUAUUUUAUUUAUAAGGAAGACGACGCCGCGUGCGCCGCGGUCCAGCACCAGCAGCAGCCAGGCGACCUCUCCUCUCUCUCUCUUGACGCCGCAGCAGUCGUCGCCUCGCGGACGGCGGACCAGGAGGCGGCGGCGGCGUCAAUGGGGCACCCCUACGCGCCGGCGGAGCUGCAGCUGCCGGGCUUCGUGCCGCUGCAGCUGUCGCAGGGCCAGAUCCUCGCGCCCUACCUGGGCACCUCGCUGUUCGUCCUCGUCGCCAUCUGGCUCAUCUCCGGGAGAUGCCGGGGACUAUCCAAGACCGACCGUCUGCUCAUGUGCUGGUGGGCGUUCACCGGCCUCACUCACAUCGUCAUCGAGGGGACCUUCGUCUUCGCCCCCGGGUUCUUCAAGAACGAGAACCCCAGCUACUUCGACGAACUUUGGAAAGAGUACAGCAAAGGGGAUUCCAGAUAUGUCGCCAGAGACACCGCAACCGUCACAGUUGAAGGGAUAACAGCUGUGUUGGAAGGCCCUGCAUCUCUGCUUGCAGUUUAUGCCAUUGCAUCCCGCAAGUCCUACAGCCAUAUUCUCCAGUUCACUGUCUGCUUGGGCCAGCUCUACGGGUGCUUGGUUUACUUCAUCACCGCAUACUUGGAUGGCUUCAACUUCUGGGUCAGUCCAUUCUACUUCUGGGCAUAUUUCAUUGGCGCGAACAGUUUCUGGACUUGGAUACCAACGCUCAUCGCCAUGAGGAGUUGGAAGAAGAUUUGUGCAGCAAUUCGAGCAGAAAAGGUGAAGACUAAGUAAUGCUACAUUAGCCACGGUUUGGCUGGAACUAAAACGAACUGUCAUGUGGCCAAAUAAUUUGUUGCCGGUACCAGGACUGUUGUGUUUUUGUUUAAAGUCUCCUUGUAAACCUCAUUGUCUUGGCAACUGUGGUCUUUUUCUCCAUUCAAGAGCCUAUCUCUUUCAGAAAACAGACUUUAUGCGCAAAUGGUUCUGCAUAUAUGACUGUAACGCAAGCAUUUGUCAGAUCAA